GAGAGAGAGAGAGAGAGUGUGGGUUUUAAUUGUUUUUUUUAUGAAGCUGCGGAGUUUUUCAGAAGGAGCUCUAAAUCCUGUCUCAUCAUCUCAUCAUGAAGAAGUGCGGGACUGUGCUGCUGCUGUGCGCGCUGCUGUGCGGGAUUCCUCCAGCAAAUCCAGAGAGCUGUCUGCCUUGCACAACUGGCCAAAGAGAUUCAUCAACAUGUAAGUGUAAGGGAUGUGAACCCGAACAGUACCGGUCUCUGCAGAACGGACGGUCCAUGUGUAACCGGUGCACGAAGUCUUGCUCUGAAAAGAAAAACCUGAUCGAAGUCACCCCCUGCACAAACACAAGUGACCGUCGCUGCCAGUGCAAAUCUGGCCACUACUGCCCGAAUGCGGUGAACUUGACCUGCAGGAGGGAUUGUGAGCCGUGCACCAACGGCUUCACCAACGCGCCUAAUCUAAACCAAACCUGCCAGCAGUACACUGAUUGUGCCAGUCUAGGGCUGGUGGUGAUUAAAGAAGGAUCUCCGAUUGCAGACCGUGUGUGUGGAAAACCUGCCCCAAACCCAGUGACUGCGAUGCCAGAGACACCGUCCAUCAUGUCUCAGAGUGUCUUGUCCAGUAUUUUCACAUCCCGAAACUCCCAUCUAAAAACUUCAUCAGUCUCCACUCCAGGGCUUCAGUCCAACUCUCAAAACCCAGACACGUCCUUAGCCUCUGAGACUACAGCUACGAUACCAGACACACCCUACACCAUGACUCCGAGUCCCUCGUCUCCUAUCCACAAGCAUGAAACCAUCCAACCAGAUAAUGCAACACAUCCAACAUCCAAUCCAGGCUCAGCCACGCCCUUAGCCUCUGAGACCACGACUUCAGGAAUGUUUUUCAGCAUUUCUCCAACAGAGGGCACUGUUCUGCCACCUGAGCGCUUUUCGAAAAAGACCACUUGGAUCAGUUCGAUUCUGCUGCUUGUGUUCCUGUGUCUGGUGCUAUAUCUGUUCUUGAAGUGCAAAAGUAGAGCCAUCAAGAGCAAACUCGAGUGGGCAGGUCUGCCGUCUAGAAGUUAUCAGUCCGUGUUCCCUACAGCCAGCCACAACUCAAACCUGCAGACUCCAGGACCUGUGAGCGAUGCCACAGACACUGUUAGAGCUCAAGCCCAGGGUCAGGGGUCAUUCCCGGGGAAAAAUCAGCAGGUCACCAUGGAGCACUUUGGGAAAGCGGAUGGCGUCAACAACACUGUUGGGUCUAUUUUCAUCUACUCCCCUGGGAUGGUGAUCCUCGGCUCGAACUCAAAUGAGAAGAAAGAGGAGGCGGAGACAGGCGGGGAGGACGUCAGCGAGGACACCUGUCUCAUGAGUGUGCCUCAGCAGGAAUCCAGCUCUGAGGAAGACUUCAUCCGGCUAGCUACACAGGAAGAGCUUGGCAAGGAGCUGAGCAUCCCAAUCCCAGCCACAAGCAAAUGAAAUGUCUGUUGGCACCGACGUCGGCUCAAGCAGAGGAAUGUAUGAAUCAGGACGGGCCCCAUGAGUCACUUUUUGCUCGACCGUGACGUGUAGAGAGCCUGUCCUGUUAAAGCAGCGAGCCGAAUCUCUGACUGUGAAUAGGGCCGAGUUUGUUUGUAUAGCACCGUGACUUUCAGGGGUUUUUUUUUUUCCUCAGUGUGGGAGGCAGUGUGAAGACAGUGACAGUGUAAGAAAAAAACCCAGGUUGUUAUAGUGAUAUGAUGUACUGUAAAUGUUAAUAUACUAGAAUGUUAUAUUAUGAUAUUAUUAGAAAUAUCAGGGUUUUUUUUACAGUCAUUUGACACCUUUGAGUUUGAGUACAGCUUUACCUGUGAGUUAGACAGACAGACAGACAGACACAGACAGACAGACAGGUGGGUCGGCAGGCCACAUUUUACUGAUGAAGUGUGGGUGCAUGAGCACGCAGAGCUAAAAAUACCUCAAUGUGGGAUAAAAAGGCUGCUGAAUGUCAGCGGCGUUCUCUUUAACCCGCAUGUCUUAGUCACUGAUUUUUCCUGUCCAUGUGGUGGCAGAACAGAGGACAGAUUCUGCUGGAUUACUGUUCUGUAUUACUGCUGUGCAGUUGUCUUUGUUUUCAAGCUGUUUCGGAUUUACACUGAUUCAUUUGGUAGGAUUUUUAUGAUCCAAAGCAUCUUGUACUGUAUGUUGCACAGCAUCUGGCUGAGCAGUCAAGGCUCAAGAGCCUUGCAUUAGCUUUCUGGCACAUGUGGAUUUCACAGAAACUUCAUCACUGAGUCAUCAGCUGUCCGUAACCUGGCCACUGAUGUCAAGCAUUUCUUUAGAAGUAAACAGGAAUUAAUUUCCAGUUUAGUCAGAACUCUUUUCCAGGUCUUUCACAUUCAAAGACUAUUUAUCACGUUUAUUCAUAUCUGUUACGCUGUUGUAGCAAAAUAAUCGACUAUAACAGCACGUCCUGAAGUGUUUCAUUCUAGGUACACCACAGCAACUUGCCAUACAAAUUUUGAACAAUGACGCAUCAUACUUUUUUUUUAAAUCUAUUUUUCGUCACAUCAAAGAAACCAUGAAGCAUAAACUCCUCAGUCCUGAAGACUUUCCUGUUACAGCUUUACCUCUGACUGUUACUGGAGACUCCUUCCAUAAAUGUUAAAUAAUCUCCUCCUUUGAGAACAACUUCACCAUAUCAGCGAUUAUCCUGGACGUUUACAGACUAUACGUACAAGUGCUAUUACUUUGCUUGUUGUUUGUUGAGCUGCAUGCAAAGGGGAAACGUAUUUCAUUUCUGGAAAGUCUGUUUUUUUUUCAGGCCUCUUUUAAAAUUUCACCAUGUGAAGGGUUUUCCCAGGUCACCACACAUACUGUACAUCAGCUGCUAUUUCAGUUGUUUGUUGAUUUGAAACGUGCCUUCUCUGUGUGUAAAACCAAGUUACAUAUCAGCUCACUUUGCUACGUGAGCAAAAACAUGAGCACUUUGCACACACAAAGCUACAUUUGUUCUGUACAAAAACAGUCCAAGAUUAGAGGAUGAUGACGUCCAGAAGUUGGACACUUACUGCUGUAGAAUAUUGCUGUUUGCUAAACUAGCCGCUAAUGUUCAUGAUAGUCUGUAAUGGUAUAUUUUGAUGGUUUGGCUGUGGAGACUAAAGUCCACUUCCCACCAGGCCAUGUUCCUGACGGUUGUUUUAGUUACACGUUGAACAGAAAAGUCUUCGUUUUAAUCAUCCUUGUGAGGUUUGUGACUUGUGUACUAAGAAAUUUGUCCUCCUGCAUUUAUUUUUUUGAACG